CCUUUUUCUCUCUCUCCCUCUCGCCAGUCUGUCUCUCGCUCGCUCGCGCUCCCCAAGCAGAGUCUUUUCUUCCCCCGAUCCAGUCGGCGUCUCUCUCCGCUCUCCACGUUUUCCCUCCCAGCCCUCCACUUCUCCGGAUCAAUGGACGUUACAGCUCUAACUCUUCCCUCUCACAUACUGCUGGUGGACAGCACCGGUAACAAGUGAGAGACCAUCGCAUCCUUCCCCCUUCUCCGCCCCUCUCUCUGCCACCCUCCCCGCAGCGAACAUCUGCGGAGCCAAGAAGGAGGAAUAAUAACACUAUUACCAAUACUAGCCCAGCUGUUUGGUCUUGCACGGGAUCGUCGGCGUUUCUGAUUGCGUUUUACUUUGUACACCAGCAGAGAUGGAGCAGCCCCGACGCUUUUGAUGCGCCUUCCUUGGCUUUUUGAUUUUUUUGCAGGAUUUUUGUAUGCGCGCGCGCCUAUGGAUGGUUUUCAAACGCUGGGAGACCCUUUCCUCUCCUCUCCUCUUUUUCCUCGUUAGUUUCUGGACAUUUCCUGGCUUGGGGACUACAUUUAACUUUUUCUUUUUCUUUUUCUGCCUUCCGACCCACUUACCUUGCCCGUGGCGGGGGGCGGGGAGAGCUAAGGGAACCCCACGACCACCCCAUCGAAAAGGGAGGAGACCGAAGCGGUUUGUGGAGACGUGCCGGGAUUGUUGCCUGUGUGAUCCGGACCCAAAUAUCGCUUAGGUGUGGGUUGAAAUAUGGAGAAUAGCCUUGGAUGUGUUUGGGUACCAAAACUGGCUUUCCUGCUGUUUGGGAUCUUUGUCAUCACUCUGGACCUUACAGUCACUGGCACACAAGUUAAGGGAUUUACAACAUUGCGGUUCCUGAUUGAGCCUUCGGAUGCUGUCACCAUGCGAGGAAGUAACGUGUUGCUCAACUGCACGGCAGAAUCGGAUCAAGGGAUUCCCAUCAUCAAAUGGAAAAAGGAUGGAGUCUUUUUAAACUUGGCAGUGGAUGAGAGAAGGCAGCAGUUUCCCAAUGGAUCUCUUUUGAUACAAAACAUUGUCCAUUCCAGACACCAUAAACCUGAUGAGGGCCUUUAUCAAUGUGAAGCAUCAUUAGAAGGUAUUGGAGCUGUCAUCAGUCGGACAGCCAAAGUCUCUGUAGCAGGUCCGUUGAGGUUUCUAUCCCAGACGGACUCCGUCACAGCAUUUACAGGAGACACUGUUUUGUUAAAAUGCGAAGUCGUAGGGGAACCUAUGCCAACCAUCCACUGGCAAAGGAACCAAGAAGAUCUGGUUUUGAAUCCUGGUGAUACCCGUGUGGCAGUUCUGCCUUCUGGAUCUUUACAAAUUAGCAGAAUUCAAGCAGGGGAUGGUGGGAUCUAUAGAUGCCUUGCAAAAAACCCUGCCAGUUCAAGAACUGGAAACGAGGCAGAAGUCAGAGUUUUGUCAGAUCCCGGGUUGCACAGGCAACAAUUUUUCCUGCAGAGACCGUCAAAUGUGGUAGUUGUCGAAGGGAAAGACGCUGUGCUGGAAUGCUGCGUCUCUGGCUAUCCAGCCCCAACAUUUACGUGGCUGCGAGGAGAUGAAACAAUCCCAUUCAGGUCCAAAAAGUAUUCAUUGCUGGCUGGCAGUAACUUACUGAUAUCUAAUGCAACAGAUGAUGAUUCUGGGACGUAUACUUGUGUGGUCACCUACAGGGAGGAGAACAGUAGUGCUUCAGCUGAGCUAUCUGUUUUGGUUCCACCAUGGUUUAUCAAUCAUCCUUCAAAUCUCUAUGCCUAUGAAAGUAUGGACAUCGAAUUCGAAUGCUCUGUUUCUGGAAAACCCAUUCCUACAGUGCAAUGGAUCAAGAAUGGAGAAGUCGUCAUUCCUAGUGAUUAUUUUCAGAUAGUGGGUGGCAGCAACCUGCGGAUUCUGGGCUUGGUAAAAUCAGACGAAGGCUUCUACCAGUGUGUAGCUGAAAAUGAUGCUGGGAACGCUCAAACCAGUGCGCAGCUCAUCAUCCCUGAACCUGCUAUCCCAAGUUCCAGUAUCCUACCCUCUGCUCCCCGAGAUGUGGUCCCUGUUUUGGUCUCCAGUCGAUUUGUCCGUCUCAGCUGGCGCCCACCUGCGGAGGCAAAAGGGAACAUUCAGACAUAUGCAGUCUACUUCUCCAGAGAAAGCGUCAACAGGGAGCGGGCUCUGAACACAUCACAGCCUGGGAUGCUCCAGCUUACCGUGGGGAAUCUGAAACCAGAAGAGACGUACACCUUCCGAGUGGUAGCGUACAACGAAUGGGGGCCAGGAGAAAGCUCACAGCCCAUCAAGGUGGCCACACAACCCGAAUUGCAAGUUCCAGGACCGGUAGAAAACCUGCGGGCUGUAUCAGUAUCACCUACCUCAAUUCUUAUUACGUGGGAACCCCCUGCCUAUGCAAAUGGUCCAGUCCAAGGUUAUAGACUGUACUGUACAGAAGUAGUUACUGGGAAAGAACAGAAUAUAGAAGUUGAUGAUCUGUCAUACAAGCUGGAAGGACUGAAGAAAUUCACAGAAUAUACCCUACGAUUUCUGGCUUACAAUCGUUAUGGACCUGGAGUUUCAACUGAAGACCUGACAGUCAGAACCCUUUCGGAUGUUCCAAGUGCUAUGCCUCAGAAUGUCUCCUUGGAAGUGGUGAACUCAAAGAGCAUCAAAGUGAGCUGGCUACCACCGCCUCCUGGCACACAAAAUGGAUUUAUCACUGGCUACAAAAUACGACACAGGAAGACAGCCCGCAGAGGUGAAAUAGAAACAUUGGAGCCAAACAACCUCUGGUACCUGUUCACAGGUCUUGACAAAGGCAGCCAGUACAGUUUCCAAGUUGCAGCCAUGACAGUCAAUGGGACAGGACCCUCCUCCGACUGGUAUACUGCAGAAACUCCAGAGAGCGAUCUUGAUGAAUCUCAGGUUCCUGACCAGCCAAGCUCUCUGCAUGUGAGGCCUUUGUCAACCAGCAUUGUAAUGAGCUGGACGCCGCCACUGAACCCAAACAUCGUUGUGCGCGGAUACAUUAUUGGCUACGGAGUGGGGAGCCCAUACGCCGAGACGGUGCGAGUGGACAGCAAGCAGCGCUACUAUUCCAUUGAACACUUGGAACCAAGUUCCCACUACGUCAUAUCUUUGAAAGCCUUUAACAAUGCUGGGGAGGGAGUCCCGCUUUAUGAGAGCGCCACUACCAGAUCUCUGACAGAUCCCAUUGACCCAUUAGAAGUUGAUUUUUAUCCUUUGCUUGAUGAUUUCCCUACCUCAGUCCCAGAUAUCUCCACCCCCAUGCUCCCACCAGUAGGUGUCCAAGCUGUCGCGUUAACCCACGAUGCCGUGAGGGUCAGCUGGGCAGACAACUCUGUCCCCAAGAAUCAAAAGACAACAGAGGUUCGGUUUUACACAGUCCGAUGGAGAACCAGCUACUCUACAAGUGCAAAAUACAAGUCUGCAGACACAACAGCCUUGAGUCACACGGUAUCGGGACUGAAGCCAAAUACCAUGUAUGAGUUCUCAGUCAUGGUCACGAAAGGUCGAAGGUCGAGCACAUGGAGUAUGACAGCUCACGCUACUACUUACGAGGCAGCUCCAACCUCUGCUCCCAAGGAUUUGACAGUCAUUACUCGAGAAGGGAAGCCCCGGGCUGUCAUUGUCAGCUGGCAACCUCCAUUAGAAGCCAACGGGAAAAUUACUGCUUACAUCCUGUUCUUCACCUUGGACAAGAAUUCCCCCAUUGACGACUGGGUCAUGGAGUCCAUCAGUGGCGACCGGCUCACCCAUCAGAUCAUGGACCUCAAUCUCGACACGGUGUAUUACUUUAGAAUACAAGCCCGCAAUGCCAAAGGAGUGGGUCCUCUCUCAGAUCCCAUUCUCUUCCGGACUCUUAAAGUGGAACAUCCUGACAAAAUGGCUAAUGAUCAAGGUCGUCAUGGCGAUGGGGCCUACUGGCCGGUUGACACAAAUCUGAUCGACCGAAGCAGCCUUAAUGAACCCCCCAUUGGGCAGAUGCACCCUCCUCAUGGAAGUGUAACACCCCAGAAGAACAGCAACCUUCUUGUCAUCAUCAUUGUCACCGUUGGGGUAGUUACUGUCGUGGUGGUGGUGAUUGUGGCUGUGAUUUGUACCAGGCGUUCAUCAGCACAGCAGAGGAAAAAACGUGCCACUCACAGUGCUGGCAAGAGGAAGGGCAGCCAGAAAGACCUGCGGCCCCCAGAUCUCUGGAUACACCAUGAAGAGAUGGAGAUGAAGAAUAUCGAAAAGCCAGCGGGUUCCGAUCCAGCAGGAAGAGAUUCCCCAAUGCAGAGCUGCCAGGACAUCACCCCAGGCAGCCACAGCCAAUCUGAAACUCAGAUGGGCAGCAAGAGUGCCUCACAGUCUGCUCCGGACACAGAAGAAGUGGGGAGCAGCAUGUCCACGUUGGAACGGUCACUCGCGGCCCGCAGAGCAACACGCACCAAGCUCAUGAUUCCAAUGGACUCACAGCCCAGCAAUCCUUCUGUGGUGAGUGCCAUCCCAGUGCCAACGCUAGAAAGUGCUCAGUACCCAGGAAUCCUGCCAUCCCCCACCUGUGGAUACCCACACCCUCAGUUCACACUCCGACCUGUGCCAUUCCCAACGCUCUCGGUUGACCGGACAUUUGGAACGGGAAGAACAGUGACUGAAGGACCAGCCCCGCAGCAGACAUCCAUGUUACCGCAGACGCAGCCUGAACACUCCAGCAGCGAAGAUGCCCCAAGCAGGACAAUUCCCACAGCAUGUGUCCGGCCUACACAUCCACUGCGCAGCUUCGCCAACCCCUUGCUACCUCCACCAAUGAGUGCAAUAGAACCGAAAGUCCCUUAUACACCCCUUUUAUCUCAAACAGCACCCAACCUUCCCAAGGCUCAGGUUAAGACAGCAUCGCUUGGACUAGCUGGCAAAGCAAGAUCCCCUCUGCUUCCCGUUUCAGUGCCGACAGCCCCAGAAGCCUCAGAAGAGGGUCACAAACAAACAGAGGAUGCUGCAAAUGUAUAUGAACAGGAUGAUCUUAGUGAACAGAUGGCCAGUUUGGAGGGGCUAAUGAAGCAGCUUAAUGCUAUCACAGGCUCGGCCUUCUGAAAGCUUUGGAUGAACAGAAGAAUGGAGUAACCCGGGAACAUUGCAGCAUACCAGCGUUUCACACACACACCACCAAACACCCGCGUCUGCCAUAAAGCCAACCGAUGCGCCAUCAAACCCCGUUCUAUGGAGAGAUCUCACAGUCUUGAAAUGGCAUCGUGCAUUCCUAUUGGUCAAGCAACAGUCUGAAGCAGUGAUGAAAGAGCAGCCCUGAUAAGCAAGAAACAAGAUGUCUCCAUGACCCACCCCCAGUGCCUCCUGUUGGCCUAUUUUGUUCUGCUGAUCUUCGCAGUGUGCAGGGUGGGAUCUUACUUAAGGUCUGCUUCACACAUUAUCAUGUGGCUGGUAACCUGACCUAGGCUGGCCUCUCUCCACGUGAGGGAGGCCACCAAUUUUGACCCCAGUGAAAUUCAAAAUGAAUUGGGUGGUUCUUCCUCAGGUGAAACUCCUGAGAUCUUUUGAGGGAAGUCAAAGAGACUCCUGGCAUUUCUUGGUGGGUGGUAGAGUGAGUGCCCAUCCAUAGAUUGUCAGAAGUGAUUCUGCUGCCAAAAUUUAUAAUUUGGAAACUUGUAAAGACACUUUACAAGUCAUUUCCGUUUCCACUGAAGCCCAUUCCAAGCCAAGCCUGCGAGCAUGUAAUGGACUCAUCCUGCUGUCAGCAUUCCCUGUUGCUAGCAAGCCAUCACUUCCUCCAGCCCUUCUCCUUUCCCAAAACUGAUUGUUGCCAGAGAGCCUGUGCAAACAAGUUUCUAAUAUCUCUCGCUUUCCCAGCA